AUGGCAACCGCGGAUUUAUUACAGGGGCCUCCACCCAGCUUGGCGGACUUUCGACUUGAAGCGGGAGACAGGAACCAAGAGGUCAAUCCUGGAAGCAGUGAGCCCACCGGUGCCGCCCCAGGUCCCCCGCGAUGGUAAGCGAGGGCCAAGUUUCUUUCCCAGGACCAAAUUAAUGAGUACAAGGAAUGCUUCUCCCUGUAUGACAAGCAGCAGCGGGGGAAGAUAAAAGCCCCUGACCUCAUAGUGGUGAUGAGGUGCCUGGGGGCCAGCCCAACACCGGGGGAGGUGCAGCAGCACCUGCGGACACACGGGAUAGACAGAAAUGGAGAGCUGGAUUUCUCCACUUUCCUGACCAUUAUGCACAUGCAAAUAAAACAAGAGGACCCAAAGAAAGAAAUUCUUUUGGCCAUGUUGAUGGCGGACAAGGAGAAGAAAGGCUACAUCAUGGCAUCUGAGCUGCGGUCAAAACUCAUGAAACUGGGGGAGAAGCUCACCCACAAGGAAGUGGAUGAUCUUUUCAGGGAAGCAAAUGUCGAACCAAAUGGCAAAGUGAAGUACGAUGAAUUUAUCCGCAAGAUCACCAUUCCUGCACGGGAUUAUACUGAGUGAAGGGAAAGCAAGACAGCCUCCCCCGGGACUGAAAACUCAGACAGAUGAAUUUUUAAAAAGAAAAGUGUCCCUUUCACUGUAGGCAGAUGGCAAACACAGUGGCAAGGCAUUACCAGACUGUAGCAGAAGAUAACUUAGCAAUGAAAAUAAAUGACUUCAGCCAUGGUUACGAACAUGUCCUUAAUAAAAGAUUUUUAUAGAUAUUAGUAAGUGCCAUUAAUCCAUCCCUUAACACAAUGGAAAGAGCCUAUGGUUUGGAGUUGGGCCUGGGUUUCAGUCCCGACUGCUAUUUCCCAGCUGUCUGAUUUUGGGUAAAGCAUUCCACCCCUCGAAGCCUCAGCAUCUUCCCAAAGGUAGAUCCCUACUUUUUGCCUCUUGCAGCCUUUUGAGGAUAGUCUGAGAUAUUGACUUGAAAAUGUCUCUGCGAACAGUAGGACGCGGCUGUGCGUUACUGAGUUACCAUGGUAGUGCUUUCCUAAAAAGGGCAGCCUACCAAAAGACUAUAUUCUAUAUUUGGGUGCUGGGACCAUCUUCCACAUUUCCAAGAUGAAGCCAAGCGCUUAGAAACAGCAGCAAGCAGAGUUCAAACAAACAAACAAAAUAUCUAUGGCACCGUUUCUUGCAGCACCACGGGGGGCUACUUCCAAGUUCUCGUUCUUGUGUGCACACACAGUGCCAUAGCUGAGGAUAUUCCCUCAUUAACACCGAGUCUCGGGUGAAAGCAUUCAUGGUAGAGCCAGGGCGGCAUUGGCUAAACAGCGGUAAGUGACCCGACUUUACAGCUCACACCAUAAAGAAACUAAAGAAGACCAGAUGUGACUCUUGAGGUCUUGUAGAGCUUGGGAGGCCCUUUCUGAUGCUCCUGUCAGAAUUGCCAGCUUUCUCCUAAUUGGAAAUCAGAGAGGACUGCAAGAUUAGGAUGGUCUGCUCAAGUGGGUCAAAGUGAUCUAGCUUCAAGCCAUUUCCCCCAACUACUGGAAGGUAAUAAGGGGAUGUAACAGGCCGCAGCCACGACACAGCAAGAACUAUGGGAAACCAUAGUAGGGGUACUAGUCCUGCCAGGUGCAAUUUCAGCUCAAGCAGCUGAAGUGUUCUGUAGCCAGGAGGCGCUGGCUGGGGCUGCCUAUGUGCUCGUCAAAUCUGUGGACCCAUUGGUAAUGUCAGCACAGCCCUAAAAAGGGCUGGAGUCACACACUGGCAUGUUGGGCGGUGGGGGGCAGGGAGAGCUCCAAGUGCAGAGCUUUUCAUCCUUAUAUGUAUCAAAAUUGGGCUCCCUGAGCUGUGGCUUUGUCUAAUGGUGCUUAGUUGCUAAAGCAAAAGAAAACCAAAUUGAGGGAGGUAUGUCUUUUGGGAGGUUAUACAAGACACAAAUCUGAGGGCCAGGCGCAAGGGAAACUGCACGGGACAAAACAGUCAUAGUCUUAGAGCAACGAUCUCACAAUGCUGUGUGGCUUCAGACCAAACCCAGGUCCUGAGGCAGGAGACUCUUUCAUUGCCCCAACAGUGUAACUGCCAAUGGAGUGGGGAGGAAUUGCUGGGAGCUGUAGAGAAGGGUACCGUGCAGGGCAGGCCACCAACGGCCCACAGCACGGAGCAGGUGAAGCUGGGAUCCUCUGGUGCACACUGUGCAGGGGCAGCGCCAGCUUUUGUGGCCCCGAGGGCUCUGAUUUGGCACCACCUUUAAGAAUACGCAAACAGAAAUAAAGGCUUGCCGGAGCUGCUCCCUAGAAGAGGCCAGAGCAAAGGAAGGGCCCAGGGGCGUAAACUCCAUCACCUCACAGUGAACCUCCAGGGCUGGUUAGAUGUUGGCACCCACAGAGAACGGCUACGUUGCACUUUCAAGAUCAAGGGUACCAGCCCCACAUCUCUUUUUACCUCAUCAUGGACAUUUGGAAGCAAAUCCUGCACGGUCAAUCUGGAACACCACGGACUAUAGACAGUAGACACCUAUGAUUUAGAUGGGAUAGGGCAAGAAAGUUCUCGGCUAUAGUAAGUGAGGGUACUUUCCUUCAAAGACUUUUUGUCUUCACUAAUGAAUGGCCCCAGUAUGGUUUUAAAGCAACCUGCAUUAAUCUGAUUUGCUUCACAGGAAUCUGAAGUACAGCUUGCCCAGACCACAUUAAGUGGUGUGGAGUAGUCAUUAGAACCUAGGGCUCAUCUCCACUGACUCAGAGUCCCUAAUUAAAGCUGCUCAGGCUAGGAUUCUAAACUCCUGUGACAUGUUCUGAUUUCAAUCUCUACCCCAAGAAAGGCUUUUACACUACUUUGUGUCUGGGUUUUAUGCUCAUUCCUGAAAUUCCAGUUGGUUUACCUAGCACCUAGUAUUGUUUACAAAAAAAGGUGACAGUGCUCUUAGCAUUCAAACUGCAGAUUAUUAAACAGAAUUAAAACUAAACAGAUGCUGUGGUUCAUUACACAGCUAGCCAUAUUUCACUGAGAAAAGGGAAUGAUGGCUGUGCAUUCACUACUUACCUCAA